UGCUCUACUACAUGUACACAAUUCUAUGGUGUUAUAACGCAAUAAUUUUUUAAAAAGCGUAAUUUGGCAUCCCGUGAGCUUACAAAUGUAAUUUAACGAUUGACAGCAUUAUAAUUAAUUUAAAAUAAAAAAUUCAUAAAAAGAGGAGAACGUCAGAUAAAGAUGCAAUCCGAUGAUGAAAAGAGUGAAGAUGAAGAGAUGCUCGUGUAUGUGGAAUUCGAGGGACUUAUGGGCAGCAAUGCGUUCAGUAAUGAAGAGCUUCAGUUAGAUAUGAUUGGAAUUGAUACGGAGCAUCCUAUAAUGCAGAUCAAUGGACGAUUUUACGAAGGCACCUACGAGGAUGUCAUGGGCACAUGCAUGUUCUUCGAGAAGGAUGACAAUCCGCACGUGGAUGACCCGGUCUUCGAUAAAAUACCGACGCUGAAAUACUUUGCCAAAACGAGGAAGAUAUUGAAGAUGCAGAGAGUUUUUACAAAACCAAAAGCCGAGAUUUUUGGUAAUUCCGAACAGGAUGGUUGUGCGCCAAAUAUUGAUGCACUAUCACAAGCUGGAGUACCACCAAAGUAUCAAGAAGACGCCCUCCAGUUUUGGAACAAGAUGCAUGAUGAUAGAAUGGAAGAGUUACGUUUAUACUUGGAGAAACAGAAAAUUAGGGAGGAAAAGAAAUCCAAAGGCAUUGCGACAGAUUCAGAGUCCGACGAGGAAGUUCCUUCCGUAGCACAAAAAGCUACAGAAAACCCAGCAAACAUGUGAUUAGGAAUUUAUUUGUUUGAUAGA